AUUCUGACGGGGAAAAAAACAAAUUGAUUUGGAUCAUGUUAUUGUUUUCUCGGAAACAGGUCGGACAAGUCUAAUACAGUAAAAAAAGCAAUCAUGCCCGAGAAACCGAACACGCUUACCUUUAAGCAGACGCUUAAAAUGCGUCGAAAUUAUGUCGGGAGGUCUUGUAAAUUGCACUAUGAAGUUGCUCCGUUGAAGAUUGUUCGGGGAUCCAAGCAGUACCUGUACGAUGAUUCCGGAAAUGAGUAUCUGGACUGUGUCAACAACAUCUCACAUGUUGGACACUGCCAUCCCCAUGUUGUGAAUGCCGGCCAGGAGCAGAUGUCUAAACUGAUGACAUGUUUUGGGUUCCUCUCCGACCUCCAGGUGGCGUAUGCCAAACGGAUCGUAGAGAUGCUGCCUGAAAACCUCUGCGUCUGUUAUUUCCUUAACUCUGGAUCUGAAGCAAACGACCUAGCCCUUAGACUGGCCAAAUCCUACACAAAAAACAAUGAUAUCAUAGUUGUUGACCAUGCCUAUCAUGGGAAUACUGAGAACCUGAUCAAGAUCAGCCCGUCAAGACUUAAACAACACAAUAUGCCCAUUGAUGACUGGGUCCAUGUUGUUCCAUGUCCCGAUGUUUAUCGUGGAAAAUACAGAGAAGACAACGUAAGUCCAGGACAUCUGUACGCAAAUGAGGUCAAGGUCGCUAUUGCUAAGGCACUUGACAAGGGACGAACGAUUGCUGGGUAUAUGAGUGAGGCAAAUAUGUCACUCCCUGGGAUGAUAUUCCCGCCAAAGCACUACUUACGACUUACAUAUAGAUAUGUUCGAGAGGCAGGGGGAGUGUGCAUUGCAGACGAGGUUCAGACAGGUCUUGGGAGGUGUGGAGAAGCAUACUGGGCCUUCGAAAGUCAUGAUGUUGUGCCAGACAUAAUCACCCUGGGUAAGCCAAUGGGGAAUGGCCAUCCAAUGUCAAUGGUCGUCACCACAAAGGAGAUUUCUGACUCCCUUAAAGAGUUCAGUAGUGCGUAUGGUGGUAAUCCAGUGGCUUGUGCUAUGGGAAUGGCUGUACUUGAUGUGAUUCGUAACGAGCAUCUGUUGUCCAGUGCCAAAUCUGUGGGCAAGUGUCUGAAGGACGGUUUCCAAGCUAUUCUGCAGAAACAUAGACUCAUGGGAGAUGUCAGGGGUGCCGGAAUGCUGGUUGGCGUGGAAAUUGUGGAAGACAAGGAAAGUAGGAAGCCUAACAAGGAUGCUGCAGAGGCCCUCGUGUACAAAUUAAAGGAAAAGAAAAUUAUCACAUCCAAUGAGGGACCGGACAAGAACGUGAUAAUAUUUCAGCCACCGAUGUGUUUUACGUGUGAGAACGCUGCCACAGUGGUGAAAGCGGUGGACGAUGCGCUCACAGAAGUCGAGGAAGAAGAUCGUCAGGUCUCGAUGAGUAGUGAUAUAAUUGUGCCGCUGAGUGUGAUCACCGCAUCGAAACACAAGCUCAGCAGUGAUGAUGAAGAUGACGAUGAUGAGUAUGAAUCUCCAUCAAAAAGAUUCUAUGAGGGAGUUGAUUGAUUGAAGUUAUUUAUAUUGUUUUGUAAACUGGUUUGAAUCCAUAAAAAAUAGUUCAUUGAUUAAUCAUGAAAAUAAUUGAAUGCUAAUUCAUUACUAUCAUUAUUAUGAUAUUGAUUUUAAAAGAAUAAGAAUUUCUUUAAAAAGUAAAUUGAUGAAAAGAAAAACAUGAUUCAAAACAUUCAAAACUUAUCAGUAUUAGGUUAGUAGAUUAUUUGUAAAUUGUUUAUGGGAAAUAUUUAUGACUUUUAUAUAAGAAACUUUUUAUUUUAUUUCUAUUUAUAUGAAGGACCUAUCAUGAGUUGUUAUAUGAUAUACAAAUUUAUUCAAUGAGUUCCAAAAUUUGUUAGAAAGCAUGCCUUUGGCAAGUUUACUUUCCGUACAUAAUUUCUGGACGAUUUGAAUAAAAUUGUGCAGUUCCAAGAUGACGAGUGUCAGAUUCCUUUUAUCACAUGCCUUUUUCCGGUUAAAGAAAUACCUGCCUUAAUGAUAAGCCAAAACCUAAAAGCAAUGACAUUUUCUGCGCCACGUGCAUUAAAUAAUUAAUAACAAAAUAAUGUUCAAAUAUUGAUUGUUUUAAUUCUGUUUUUAAGAUGAAUGAAUACUGAGAUGAUAUCCAGUAAGAAUUACAACAAAAACACUAUGCUUUUAUCUAAGUUUGUUUUCUUUUAAAUGGUUAGGCUACAUGACUUUUUAAUUUUGUAAUAUAUUCAUGUCUUCAUUUGCUGUUUAAAUACAGAAAAUGACAAAGGUUUAAAGAAUGUUUUAUAAAUUAACUAGCUACUUGAGUCAAAUAAAUCUUUAUGAUAAAAACAUAUUUGGAAAUAAUCAUAUGACUUGCUAGAAUAUUGUGCACCAGUCAAUUGUAACAACGGCCCUUCCAGGUGGCCCCGCAGGGCAGAGUAAAUGCGGUGGUUUUGUUUUCAUGCAGAAAAUAGUAGGGCAUGGGCCUUACCUAGGAUGUCCUAGGGGUGCAGGGGAGUUUCUUGGAAAUUUUCUCAGCAGUUUGUCCCCACAGGGUGGGUAUUUUACCUGGGAUUGCCUGGACUGAAAGUCAAAUGACUGGUGCAUUAGUGAUAUUGUUUUCAAUGAAAUUGUUUUCGUACAUGCAGAGUGAUAUUCUUGUAUUUCUCAUGUCUUCUAUAGAAAAAUAUGUGAUGGUUAUAUGAAACCGGAAACAAAAUAUAGCAGGUGAUAAAAUACAAAUUAUGUAGGAAAUCUUGUGAUUCUGGACUGGUAUUCAUAACACAUCUUAAGUCAUUCCUUAACUUAAGUCAAUUUUCUUAAAUUUUUCAUAGUCAAAUUAAAAGAAGAGUAUAAGUGUUUUGAAUAUGAAAGUAUGUAUUUUGAAUCAAAUCAAUGAAAAAAAAAAAAAAAAUACAGAUAUUAUGAAGUUAUUGUAUCAUAUAAUAAAAGAGAUACUCAGCUCAAAAAAGUGAGGAAAUGACUUCAGAUUUCUAAUGAAUACGGCCACUGCAAUAGGAAUCUAUCAGCUUGCGAUAAAAAAAUGUAUAUACAUGUACAGUCAUACAUUGUUUUGUGAUAUAUUGGAUAAAGUGCAUCUGGUAUUGUGAUAAUUUGAAGGGUUAUUGUGAUUUUUGUAUUGUAAAUCUGCUCAAUUCAAUUUACUAGUUUCAAAUAUUUUUAUAUGAAUUGAUAAUAAUUUGGUGAUCCUUUUUUAAAUAUGAAAAUAUUGGAAAGGAUUUUUUAAAAUAUUUGUUUGUAGCUGUUUGUACUAUUAUUGUGCUAUUAUUGUGCUUAUUGUUUUUAGUUAUUUUUGCCAAAAAAAAAUUCUUUGUAAGAGCCCCUGAUUGCUUGUAGGACUUACACUUAAAUUACCGUAAUAAUCAUGUCAAAUAUAACAUCAGUCAUUAAUUCAGCUUUAAAUUCUGAAGAAUUCAUUCAAAAUUUCAUUUGAUGUGCAAUAUAUUUUUGCUUCACAAUUUAAAUUUCCAUGAUAGAAAGUUAGCACCAAAUCAUUGGAUAUGAAUUUUACUAAGUUGUAAAAAAUUUCUUGAAGUGUUAAGUUCAAGAUAUCACUAUCAAAUUACCGGGGUGAGAAUCUUUUUGGAUUGUGGGAUUUUCUUGUUUCCAUGGCAAAGAAAUGAAUAACUUUUGAUUUGGGAAAAUGCAAUCUUAUACCCUUAAAAUGCUUGAACAAGGAGUUUUAAAGUAGCUCUGCCCCCACCACAGCCCUGGACCAACCAUGGGACCUCACCCCAGGACCACUGACCCAAAGUUCAUAGGUUUUUGCUUUCAGCUAUUUGCACCCCUGAAAGCUACUAAUAUAAGAAAUUUUAAGCAAACUAUUUGUACUUAAAACUGAUGCUUUUUAUGCUCUGUAUUUCAGUCUUUAAAAAAAUACAUUUAAUACAUACAUGGUAAAAGUAUAUUGUACAUUAUCCUUGUACAACUUUUGUGUUUUAUUUGUAGAUUUUUAAUCCUUACCCUGCUAAAAGCAUUGUCAUGUGUAUUCAUUUGAUUUUUUUAAUUUAUAAAUUGUGUUCAUUCAUUUUCAGGAAUUUUUAUCUUAAUGAGGCUUAAAUUGUUAUAUUCUUUGUGUUGUUCACAAAAACAUUGAGCAUCUUGACAAUGUGCAGAUAUAUGAAAGGCUCCCAACUCGGGCUAUUAUUGUUGUUGAAUUAUGUCCCCUUGAUAGUUUGAGUGAGAAAAAAAAAUACAUCAACAGACAAGCGUUAACAUUUUCUCCACACUGAUAUUAUAUUUAACUGUACUGGCCAAAGGCCAACAGAACUUUUGCCUUGCAAUCGCCGUAAACAAUUGCUAGAAAACAUGAUAAAGUUUUCAGUUUUGAUUAUAAACAAACAGAUAAAGUAGUAAGACAUCCAUUAGAGCUCCAUUCCUUUCUUUAACCAGCCAGAUCCAUCCAUGCAUUGCUAUCGUUGCCAAGUGAAAAAUUACAGUCUUAAGGGAGGCAACCAGUCAUGAGCAAGUGUGUUUUUCUUAUUCAAUCCCUUGGAUUAGUUUAAAAGACAACCUGUACUGACUUGUAAGAGAGUUCAAUAAUAUAAUGAAAUAUCCUUUUGAAAUUUGUGCCUUUAUUGAACCAGCCAGAUCUGCCCAUGCAUGACUGGAUCAUGGCCCUUGAAAUGCUGCAGCCCAAACAAAAGUAUACUCUAAGGCAGACAACAUGUACAGAGAGUUGUGUAUUAUUGUAGUGAUUCCCUCCCUUUGCCCAUUGUGAAGCAUGGUUUACUGAUUGCUUCCCUUGAAUGUGGGUUAAGUAUAUUGCCUGUAACUAGUAUUUAUAAUUUUAUUGACGUGCUUCGGAUAAAAAAUAACAAAAAAGUCAUGCCAGUAGAGCAUAGGCCUCAUUGGUCUCUUGUUUUAUGUAAAUUAUCAUGCCACCAUUUUUAGGGUAUUUAGGCGUUUGAAUGUUAAAGGAAUUGAAGCAUUAAGAUCUUUUAAAACUGUGUUUAUUUCGAUACCUUGGUUUCAGUGGAUUUUACUUUAAACAUAUAUUGCUUAUGUUACAGCUGGACUCUAAAAAUUGUAAAUGAUAAGUAUUUUAUUUCCUUUUGACUGAUCUUUUUGUCUACAUUUCCUGAAUGUUUGAAUGUUAAUUCUCAUGUUCAUUUUUUGAUUGUUGUCAUGAUAAUAUGUUAUCAAUAAUAAAGAACAUCAAUAUUU